AUGGUUUCAAUUGACAAAUUAACGAGGGAAGAGCUCACUACAAUCAUUGCUAAAGAAUUAAACAUUGAUGUUGCAUUUCCUUGUUUUUCUGUUGAAGAGCAAACAAGUGCUACUGUUCAUAAACACUGGCUUUCCAUUUUGGAACAAGCAAGGCUUGGUGAAACUACUCAACUUAAAAGAUACACCUACACUCGUUCAACCCUUAACUCUCAACCUUCUGACCAUAACAACGAUGAUCGUCAAUCCCUAACAACAAAUGUUUUAGUAAGCGUUUUUCUGAAGCGUCAUUCUCCUGCUGAUAGAAGAUCACAGAUUUUUAUUCAGAAAAACGUUGUUUCAAAUCAUGAGAUCGACGAACCAAUUAUACCACUUAGAACAUUUCUUAAAGAGCAACUUGACGGAAAAUCCACGCUAAGUUUAGCUGAAAUCGAAGCACGAUAUAAUAAUUAUUAUCCAUUGUUUUCUAAUGAUCCAUCUAAUAACACCGAUCAAAACUAUACUAUAACACAAAAGGCAUUUGUGGAAAAAUUUAUAAAAUUAUUAUAUCCAAAAAGUUCAUAUUUUCAAAUAUUACCGCAAUCUGACAAUCCUGGAACAUUGACUGUUAAAUUAAUCUCAAAAUAUAAAAAUAAUCAAAAUGAAAUAAGUCGAGCAUCUGCGCCAAAUCUUAUUGAUAUUUUUGCUGUAUUGGAAUCAGAAAAUGCAUUUUAUUUCAUGGCUCCAUAUAGAGGCACUACUUUACAUGAUCUAUUGAAUUAUAGUUAUGGUGUAUUAAAUUCCAAUGUCAAAAAAUCAUUCAUUGUCUAUCAAUUGCUUAGAACAAUACAAAAUCUUCAUAGAAAAGGCAUAAUUCAUGGGGGGUUGAAGCCAUCAAAUAUUCUUGUAGAUGAUAAUCUUUGGAUUAAGCUUACAGGAUUUGAAUGUUCCAUACCGAUCGAUAAUAAUAUUUUAGAAACUAAAAAUGCAAUUAUGGAAAUGAAAAUUCCAAAAGGUCGACGUAUUGGAGAUCCAAAUUUUCAUCCGAUAUUACCAUGGAUUACUGAUUUUAAAGGUUCAAAAGUAACAAAAUAUGAACCAAAUGAAUAUUUACCUUCAAUGAAAAGAUUAUUUGAAUGGACACCUGACGAAUGUAUUCCUGAGUUCUACACUGACCCAAGUAUCUUUACUUCAAUUCAUCCAGAUAUGCCAGAUCUACAAUUACCAUCUUGGGCAUCUUCACCCGAUGAAUUUAUCCACAUACAUUCUGAAGCAUUAGAAAGUGAUUAUGUAUCAAGUCAAUUACAUCAUUGGAUUGAUUUAACUUUUGGGUGUAAACUGAGCGGUGAUAAUGCUGUGAAAGAAAAAAAUGUCGCAUUGCCGCUUUUAGAUGGUCAGGGUUCUUUUAUAAAACAUGGAAUUACACAAUUAUUUUCUGAUCCUCAUCCUCAAAAAUCUAAUAAAAUUGCAAGAAAUAGAUUAUUAAAUAAUGGAGGAAAGAUAGGAUUUGAAGACUAUCGUUUAAUUUCACCCAUGAAAAGGAUUCCUUCAAAAUUCACCCAUUCGUCAGAUAAAUUGAAUCAACAACAGUUGCAGUAUCUGCAAAAACAUCAGCAACAACAAGUUGAUCUUAUGACUGAUUCUUUUAUUAAUUCAGAUAAGACUGUAGGAAAAUAUCAAACUGUAUCAGCAAAAUCAAAAUCACCCAAACUUAGACCAGUUACAGCAACCAGGUCACAUUCUUUAUACGAUGCCAUAAAUCAUGAUAUUAGUAAAGAUAACACACUUUCACCACUAGCAACGCCGAAUGAUUUUAAGGAUGUACAAUCUCGUAUUGAUACUCUUGUUGCUAUUAUCAAUAAAUUGCCAAUCAAGUUUUUAGACGAGUUAAAUGAUAAUUAUUUUAUUGAGACACUUGAUAGUUUUGAAAAAGCACAUUUCUUUUCUACAAAAUAUAUUGAGAAUAAACCUAUUAUUAUUAAUAAGGAUGUUUUAAUUGAUGGUGGUUUUUGUGGUGAUGAUAAUGAUGGUUUAAAAGACUCAUUUGCAUACGGAAGAGCGUGGGAUGCAUAUUGUCUUGGUCAGAUAAUGGAAAGUAUUUAUGCUAGCCCAAAAAAUACUUUGACUUCUUCACUUGACAGCCACUCACUAAAUGCUACCAAUAAUGAAAAUGGUGAAAGCAAUCAAUCCAAGCUGCCAUUAUCUGUUCAAGAAACAAUAUCAUCAUUAUUAUCUCCAAAUUGGAGAGAACGUCCAACAAUUGAUGCAAUAAUUUAUUCUUCAGUGCCUGCAAUAGGCUUAUAUGAAAAAGAAACGCUACCAUUACCUGAAUGUAUUCCAGAAGUUUACGAAUUUCUGACUGAUUUUCAUAAAGUAGAUUGGGUAGGAAGACUUAAGUUAGCUGAACAUUGGAUGAAUAAACUUUGUAACCUUGUUGAUGAGGCGUUUUAUAUGAUUUUACCAAGCUUAAUACUUUUAUUUACGCACGAUGAUAUUAAAUUCGAAGCGCUAAGCAUAUUUCCAAAGCUAGGCCAAAGAUUAGGUCAAGAUGAAGUAAAAAGCCAUCUUUUAAAACCUAUACUUUCUUUAUUUGAGUCAUCAAGACCAUCAAUUCCAAAAAUAUUAUUUGAAUCGACUAUAAUAGAAGAAUUUAUACAUAGAUUUGGCAUUACAAAUUUUUUACAACAAUUAUUACCUUUGUAUUUGGAAGCAUUGACUAUAGAAGAAAAGGUUCUUUUGAGUCCUUCAAGUGGCAGUAACAAUAGUUUUCAUUUAGAUUUAGCUAAACAAAAGAUUUUGACAGAAGUAGAUUAUGUAUCAAGUCCUAUUUCUAUUCCUACAGCUAAUAAAGAUAUUUCUAGUUUGGACAAUGCAAUUCCAUCAGUCGCUCAACUGGCAAAUUCUGCUUUAGUAGAAAUAUGUUCUACUUUGCCAUUUUUAAUGCAAUCAAUUUUUGCAAUUGGAAAUCAAUUUGGUGAAACUUUUGCUCAUUUACAAGUAACACAAGUUAUUAACAUUAUUCAACAAUAUGGUUUAAAUACAAUUAAUAAUGGAAAUUAUUCAAUAAUAUGUAAUAAUUUAUCUCUCUUGGGAAAACUUAUUACAUCAAUUUCAAGUAAUAAAAUUUUAUUAGAAUUUGAAUCAGGAUUUUCAGAAACUUUAAAAAAACUUCUUAUUCAAAUUUUAGAGAAAAAAUUAUCUAUAAGCUCCAAAGUUAUUGAAUUUUUAUUACAUGUUAGUAACAAUAUUACUCAAUCAGAAUGGGAAAAACAUAUAGCACCUAUUAUACAAAAAUAUUUUGAAUUGUUCGACAAGAAUUUACCAGUAAAUAAUAUAGAUGAAAAUAUAAUGUCAAAUUUAGAUGGUGCUAAAAAAGAACAGAUGGUUUAUGCGUACUCACAGUUUUGUUCGUUGUUUGAUCAAGGAAUGAUGAGACGUAUUGUUUCUUUAAGCGAAGCAAUAGAAAAUUAUGAUAAUCAUGAUGUUGUUGAAUCUCUUACCCCAAUACUGUUGGCAAAUUCACCUUCAUCAGUAACAGACACAUUAGCAAUAAGCGACCACGCUAGUAUAACAUCAGGAUCAUCAACAGAAAAAAAUAUUCAUAUUAAAAAUAAUUCCAAAUGGGGUGUUAGUUUCGAAGACAAAAGACAAUUAUCAUUGAGUCUAUUGAACGCUAGUAGUGUGCUGUCUACAAAUGAAGUAACGGCUACAAUAUUUACCCCAUCAUCAUCAUCAUCUAACUUUAGCGGUGCAAAUAAAACGCUUUCUUUGUUUACUGAUGGGGCCAGUAAAAAACUCCUUGAUAUAAAUAAUAAUGUUAUAUCUGGCGGAAAUUUUUUUGAUCGUUCAAUGAGAUCUAUUAGUAAUGGUCCUGUAAAAAGCAAUACUUUAGGUUCCUCAUCUCCUAUUGUAGCUCCUAAAAAAUCAAAAUUAAAAGAUAUAUUUUCUAGAACAAAAAAUUCGUCAUUUGAAGAUUUAAAAAAUUGGAAUAGAUUUUUAUCAACUAAUUCAGAGGAAAUGUCAAACUCGAUGCAAUUUAUGUUUAAUGAUUUAAAAUUAAGGACUUUUCAAGGCCACACAUUAGCUGUUCGCUCAAUAGAUGUUAAUGAACAUUCACGAUAUAUUGUGUCUGGAUCACGAGAUCGCACUGUUAAAUUGUGGUCAUUAAAUAUUCAUAAUGGAAUUGAAAAUUUAAAUAAUGAACCAUUUUCAGAGUGUCUAAUUAAUUAUACCGGACACAAAAAAUCAUCUAUAUCUGACGUACAUUUUCUAUCGGGUGGUGUUAAUUGGGGUCUUGGAGAUGUGAUUGCAAGUUGUGACGGUCACAUUCAUGUAUGGGAUCCUGAAAGCGGCAAGACACUUUAUCAAAAUGCAAACCAUAAAACGCCAUAUCUUACCUUUAAGCCAAUAUUUAAGUCCAAGUGUCUUGUUAUUGGAUUAAGUGAUUCAUCAAUUGGGAAACAUUCUUUAAUUAGAUUUUUAAACGUUAAAGCUAACAAGAUUUUGCAUUCGUGGAAAUCAGUUCCAACCUUUGCUGGUAUGAUUAAAGUAAUUUGUGUGAAUCCAUCCGAGACAUUGAUCGCAAUUGGAUUUUCUAGUGGAGUAAUAUCUUUAUUAGAGUCAAGAACAGGAACACUAGUUGAAAAUUGGAAAGCUGGUGAUUCAGAAAUAGUUCACUUGAAGUUUUAUGCAAAUAAUUAUCUCAUAUCGUACACUCAAUCCGAUAAUGUUAUUUGCAUAUGGGAAAUAGAUAGCAUUUGUCUAGUUAAAACAAUUAAAGGGCCUUCCAGGUCCCAUAUAACUGGAUUCCUUGCAAUCCCACCAAACCUAUAUCAGGCCUUCUAUCAAAUCUAUAUACCAUAUUCAUAUUCCCAUAUUUACUCUAUUACCACUACUUAG